AUGGAGGGAGCCUACCAGAUGUGCAGGAACUGCAAAAGAAGGGUGGCCUCCAACCUCCUGGCCCUCCAUGAGGCCCACUGCCUGGUAUUUCUGGUCCUCUGCCCAGAGUGCAAGGAACUCGUCCUAUGGGAUAAGAUGGAAGAACACCGCCAGGGCGGGCACCAGCAGGUGGGAUGCGCCAUAUGUCAGCAGAGCAUGCCGAAGGACUUGCUGGAGAGUCAUAAGUGUCAGGAGCUCCAGGCUGAGUGUCAGUUCUGCCACCUGGCCAUGAGCCUGAACAAGGUGGACCUCCACGAGCACCACUGUGGCCAGCAGAUGGAGGUCUGCCCAGACUGCGGCCAGCAUGUCAUGCUCCGCGUGCUGGCCCAGCACAGAGAAGACUGUCGGCGUGAGCAGCCUCGGCUCCAGAAAGGGAAGAGCAUUCAAGCUCCUGAAAGCAACAUCUCCUGUCAUUAUUGCAACCAAAUGAUUCCAGGAAAUAAGUAUUUCCACCAUCUGGAUAGAUGCCAUCGAGUCUCAGGUGCUGUGACACAUUCUCCAGCAGGAAAACCAGAAACUCCUCCUUCAUCCCCUCCAAGUCGGGCUGCUGAAGACCAGACUUCCAAGGCAGAGAAAGAUGUCCGUCCAAAACUGAAAAAUAGACACAGUGCUCCCUUUCUUUCUGAAAAGUCAACAAGGCAAGCGCCACGAAGCACAAACAAAACCACGAAUCUGCCUUUGACAUCCAAUGGCAAGCUCAGAGCCUCCUCUCCUGUAGAAGAUGAGACAGCCUAUGACAUUCUGAGGAGAUGUUCUCAGUGUGGUAUCCUACUUCCCCUGCCAACCCUAAACCACCACCAGGAGAAAUGCCAGCGGUUAACUUCAUCAAAAGGAAAACAAGUGAGAAGUUCCAGCUAG